AUGGGAGCCUGCACUUCUAAACCUCCUAAACGCAAUCCCUAUUCUACCCCAGGUCGAAUCCUAGAAGAACCUUUACCACUUCCCGAAACUCCCGCUGCCGACGAUUCUCGGGCACUCGACGCUGUUGAUAAGAAGUCUACUCCUUUCAACUUCUACACUCCCAGCCCUGCACGUUACUUCUUCUCUAAGAAAUCUCCGGCUCUUCCGCUGCCUUCCGCGUCCCCAAGUGCUACCUCCACUCCCAGGAGGACAGUUAAGCGCCCGUUCCCCCCUCCGUCGCCGGCGAAGCAUAUCAAGGCCGUGCUUUUCAGGCGCCAUGGCGGGAAAAGUACAGAGACUAUUCCGGAGGGUGAGGAGGGGGAUGCUGCUGCUGCGGGGGCGGAGCUGGAUAAGAGUUUUGGGUUUUCAAAGCAGUUCACCAGCAAGUAUGAGAUUGUGAAGGAGGUGGGCCGAGGGCACUUUGGGUACACUUGCUCUGCUGUAGCCAAGAAAGGUGAUCUUAAGGGUCAAAAGCUCGCUGUCAAGGUCAUCCCCAAGAACAAGAUGACAACAGCUAUUGCCAUUGAGGAUGUGAGAAGGGAGGUGAAAAUAUUGUGGGCAUUGAAAGCGCAUGCAAAUCUUGUACAGUUCUAUGAUGCAUUUGAAGAUCUAGAUAAUGUUUAUAUAGCAAUGGAGUUGUGCCAAGGAGGAGAGCUCCUAGACAGAAUACUUGCACGAGGUGGAAAAUACACAGAAGAUGAUGCAAAGACGGUCAUGGUACAGAUACUAGAUGUUGUUGCUUUCUGUCAUCUCCAGGGAGUGGUGCACCGUGACCUUAAACCUGAGAAUUUUCUCUAUGCUUCGAAGGAUGAUAACUCCCCAUUGAAAGUAAUAGAUUUUGGCUUAUCAGACUUUGUAAGACCAGAUGAAAAAUUGAAUGACAUAGUUGGAAGUGCAUAUUACGUUGCACCUGAAGUUUUACAUAGAUCAUAUACUACAGAGGCUGAUGUGUGGAGUACGGGCGUAAUAGCAUAUAUUCUUUUAUGUGGAAGUCGCCCUUUUUGGGCCCGAACUGAGUCGGGCAUUUUCCGGGCAGUGCUGAAAGCUGAUCCAAGUUUUGAUGAAGCACCAUGGCCUUCCUUGUCUUCAGAGGCUAAAGAUUUUGUUAAGCGUCUACUAAAUAAAGACCCACGUAAACGGAUGACUGCUGCACAGGCUCUAAGUCAUCCCUGGAUCCGGAAUUACAAUGGUGUGAAAGCUCCAAUUGAUAUUCUUGUAUUGAGACUAAUGAAAGCCUACAUGCGCUCGCCAUCAUUGCGGAAAGCUGCUUUAAGGGCAUUGUCUAAGACGUUGACUGCAGAUGAACUCUUCUAUUUGAAGCAGCAGUUUACAUUAUUGGAGCCCAACAAAAAUGGCUGUAUAACAUUAGAGAACAUCAAAACGGCAUUGGUGAAGAACUCUACAGAUGCUAUGGAGGACUCCAGGGUUCCUGAUUUUCUUGCCUCGCUAAAUGCACUUCAAUAUCGAAAGAUGGAUUUUGAAGAGUUUUGUGCGGCUGCAUCCAGUGUCCAUCAGUUGGAGGCAGUUGAUCGCUGGGAACAACAUGCUCGUGGUGCUUAUGAGAUCUUUGAGAAGGAAGGAAACCGAGCUAUUGUCAUUGAAGAACUUGCAUCGGAACUUGGACUUAGUCCUUCGGUGCCAGUUCAUGCCGUACUUCAUGACUGGAUAAGGCAUACUGAUGGGAGGCUUAGCUUCCUUGGAUUUGUUAAAUUAUUGCACGGCCCCUCUACCAGAACACACUCAAAAGUGCCUUGAAAACUGGAAACGUGUUUACGGAAUUCUGCUGUGGUACAAAAGUUUCCUACGCUCUGUGCACUGGCAAUUUUUGCCCCUUCAGUUUGUCUUCAAGGUAAAUUGUAGGCGUUUAUGGCAUGCCGAUUGCGCUCUGGGUGCUUGACCGGGCAUCAAUUUCACUUUUGAUUGACCUCAGAUCCAGAUGGUAGACUGCUGUGCCUACCGAUCGUUUUGCCAUUUCUCGGAAGUCGUCACAGAUCCUAUCGGGUACGAGGAUUGUUCAAUUCUCUAAUAUUAUUGCUUCACACGGAUUACUAAAUGUUGUAGCUAAAUUACAUAGAUAUCAUAGUUGAAAUCUCUAUUAAUGGCAUGGUGGUUUGCUUCAAUAGAAGAAAUCAAAGAUGUGUAUAGUGUAAUUAGAUUGGAUGGGUGGGAGUGGUUUGCAGAUGACAUCAAGCAAGAAGUUGUCUGCUGUUGGACAAAAUACCAUAUGAUAGGGCAAUUACAUGUAUAGAGCAGAGUUUCUGUUUAUAGGCAUCCAUGUUGCAGAGCAAUCUAUGCGCAUUAUUCAUCUUCUUCUGCUGAUGUAUUAAAACACCUUCAAACGUAUCCGCGUGUUAGGUUGCUUCUUUUGUGCUCUCGUAGUGGUUUGGUGUUCACUCAUUCAAAGA